AUUGAGUGAAAAGGGAGAGAUAGUUACGCUAUUUCCGGCUCUGAAGUGGGCGGCUUUGGAAUCAUCUGUGCUCGAUUUAUUCAAGACACUGGAUGAACUUACCUGUGGUUUCUCCAUAUCAAGAUAUAAAUAUGUCAAGUUACAUGCGUAGCGAGCUCAAAAUCAAAGACGUUUUGGUUGAGCAAAUAGAUCCGAUUGACGCCUCUGGAUUGCUUCACACUGUUAAUUCGUGAAAGCCAGCUUGGCGGAAGAUAUUAAUCAAAAUGUCGAAGAGAAUCAUCACCGUUUUUGGCGCUACAGGAGUUCAAGGUGGCUCCGUGGUGGACGCUCUACUGAACGAUGCAAUUGCCGCGAACACAUACGUUAUCCGCGGAGUAACCCGCAACCCAUCAAGCGCGGCGGCCGAAGCACUGCGAACUCGAGGCGUAUCGACAGUUCAGGCAGAUCUGAACGACAUGUCUUCACUGAGCGCAGCAGUCAGCGGCUCAUAUGCAAUCUUCGCCGUAACUGACUUCUGGGGAUCGUUCAAAGAGCUCGGUCAAGAAAAAGCUGCAGAGUUAGAAACAGCGCAAGGAGUCAAUAUCGCGACGGCCGCUCUUUCGACUCUCGACACUCUCCAACACUUCAUCUUCUCAACGCUGCCCGACGCAUCGCGCAUCACAUCCGGCGCUGUUAAAGUGCCGCACUACGAGUCCAAGGCCCACGUCAAAGAAUAUAUCGAGUCCCAACCCGAGCUACGUGCCGUGACGACGUUUGUUUGGCCCGGUUUCUACGCGAGUAACUUGUCCUGGGACAUCUUGAAGCCUGUGUAUCUAGAUACGGCCGGGCAAUACAUACAGCUACAAGGUAUAAACGGCGAUACCCCGGUAUAUUGUCUGGGCGAUACACGUGCCAACUUCGGCGUCUUCAUCCGCGCCAUCUUGACGCAGAAAGAGAAAGUUGGCAACGGCAACAUUGUCUUUGCGUACGUUGAGAUGAUCACCCUUGGAGAUCUUCUACAGAUGUGGGCACAGGCCCAUGACGUAAAGGCGCAAUAUGUGCAUAUAGAAAAGGCUGUUUACGACACGCUGUGGCCGGGCCUCGGCGGCGAGUUUGUUAUGGGCAUGGAGUUUUGGGACUGGGUCAAGAACAAGGGGAGUUGGAUGGGAGAUGAGGGUAGUGUACUAAACUGGCGCGACUUGAACAUUGACGUCGGUGCUCUUACUAGUAUAGAGAAAGCAGUCUCAGCUCUUCUAAUCUAA